CCCAACAAUACGCUCUCCGACUCUGGGCGCCCGGAUCGUGGGUACCAGUAAUAACCGUCCAGGGCGCUUUUCGGACAUAGAAGCAAAUGCUUUUGAAUAGGAAAUGCGAUCUUGUGUCCAUUUAACCUUUUUACAAUCUGUUAUAUAUUCAGAGGCACAGACGAAAUUCAAACAUACCCUACUUCACAUGGUGAGAAAAUAACCGUUGUUGAACUUUACUUUGUAGCAUUUCGGAGACGCACCUGUCAAUUGCCAAGUGCACUUUAUAUAAUUCGAAGUGGUGUUGACAACUAUGGAAUGAAGGUUUGGCUUUUUCUGUCGUCUCUCCGAUGUGGUAAUCAUCCAUGGAUAAAUAUAUUUGGAAUACAAUAUACUAUUGUUGCCUGUUUUAGAAUAAACAAUGCUGGUACUACUCUUAAGAUUACUGUGUUUCUCACUUUGGAGCGAGAAUGUGUUCUCGCAAAUACACGGGGAGAAGACAAAUAUGAUUCCUAGACAUUAUGAAACCGCCGUCACUAUCGGGAAUCUACACAAAACCAAUAGUGAUAGUCAGAGAUUGCACUCGGCGUAUGGCAGAGUUAUCAACGAAAUUGACAAUAAAAGGGUGCGUACUCCAAGUUCAUCCUCCUGGGAUGUGGUUAGGACAUGGAUGGAUAACAUAAAUGUGACUUCAUUCAAUACGAAAAGGGGUAUGAAUGAAAUAAUGCGCAAAAGCAAUUCGUCAAAUGGAACAGAACCCAUUUGGUUACCCGAGGAAGGCGAGUCAAAAAGGCUGAUGGAAGAAAAGUUGGACACGGAGAAACAUGCAGCCAUGGAAACACGAGAUGGUGUAUACAUUCAUUUAAAGCCAUUCACGAGACAUACGCGAGGAGGACACCACCGUGGCGAGCACAACCGGAUCUGCAUACACAAAAGAGCAAGUGUAGACCGUCGUAGAAGAAAUGCGAAGGAUGGCAGUAAAAAAGGGAACUUAAUAAACGAGCCAACCUUGCUGUCCGAUGAGUCUUUGGACACACCGCUGGCCACGUGGGAACCUCUGCCUAAACCUAUGGCCCAGAACCAGUCAACAGACAUGCCAUUUCAUGCCACUGAUUAUGAACAGUUCACUUUGCCAGACCUCCAGGACUAUACACUGAUUCCUCUCAAUCCUCAAACUAGGAGAAAAGAUGUGAAAAACCCAUUUUACCCCGUAACAGCAGAAUCAUAUGGGGCAUAUGCCAUCAUGAUCAUUUCGGUCAUAAUUUUCACUGUUGGAUUAAUUGGGAAUAUAGCAAUCAUGUGCAUUGUGUGCCACAACUACUACAUGAGAAGUAUUUCAAAUUCUCUUCUAGCCAAUCUCGCCCUAUGGGAUUUUGUUGUCAUCUUUUUUUGCCUGCCCCUGGUGAUCUUCCAUGAACUGACCAAGAAUUGGCUGUUGGGGGAGUUCUCCUGUAAAAUCAUCCCCUAUAUUGAGGUCUCUUCCCUCGGGGUCACCACCUUCACCCUGUGUGCUUUGUGCAUUGACCGCCUUCGCGCCGCCACCAACGCCCAGAUGUAUUACGAGAUGAUUGAAAACUGCGCCUCCACGGCCGCCAAGCUGGCCGUUAUCUGGAUCGGGGCUCUCCUAUUGGCCCUGCCAGAGCUCCUGAUCCACCAGCUGGUCACUGAAGAUGGCGAGCCUCCGGAUGUGACGCCCUGCCAGCGCUGUGUGGUUCGUAUCUCCACCGACCUCCCCGACACGCUCUAUGUGCUGGGCCUGACCUACGACGGAGCCCGCCUCUGGUGGUAUUUUGGCUGCUACUUCUGCCUGCCAACGCUGUUCACCAUCGGCAGCUCUCUGGUGACUGCCCGUAAAAUCCAGCAGGCCGAGCGGGCCUGUGUGCGUGGCAACAAGAAGCAGCUCCAGCUGGAGAACCAGAUGAACUGCACGGUUGUGGCGUUGGCCAUCCUCUAUGGCUUCUGCAUCAUCCCUGAGAACAUCUGCAACAUCGUCACUGUCUACAUGGCAGCGGGUGUGCCCAGACGGACCCUGGACAUUCUCCACCUGGUCAGCCAGCUGCUGUUGUUCUGUAAGUCAGCGGUGACACCCGUCCUGCUGUUCUGCCUGUACCAGCCCUUCAGCCGGGCCUUCCUGGACUGCUGCUGCUGCUGCUGUAAUGAGUGCGGCCCUCCCAGGUCUUCCACCACCGCCACCACCAGCGAGGAGAACGAGCACGAGUGCACCACCACCGACCUGGAGCUGUCACCAUUCAGCACCAUCCACAGGGAGGCAUCCUCCUCCUACACCACUGUGGGGACCCACUGCUGAGAGGUCAAAGGUCAUGACCUCCUUCAGAAAGUUACAACUGCCAUGUGAAGAGUUCAAGAGGUCGGACUUUAAACCAAUUGGACCGGUUUCCCCACACCCAGGUUAAGGUUACUCCUGGAAUAAAAGGCAUGCUCAAUGGACAAUCUCCAGUGAGAGUGCUUGUAAAAUCAGAGAAUAGGCUUAAACUGAGUCUGGGAGACCGGCCCUUAAGAGGUAUGAUCAGUUCAUUUUUUAUUCCUGUCAAUAUAGGAAUUGAAUUGAUAAUGCGGAUAAAGGGCACAUCCCAUUUUAAAUCCAUGUCCACUUGACUUUGAAUUAAAUUGACGUAAAGUCUGGUGGACAUAAGUGUCUUGGUCUACUUGAGGGCAGAGUUCUGUAUACGUACUAUACUGUCUGUCUACGCUUUAUUUACAGCAGUGGUCACCAACCGUGGUUGAUCUCCAAGGCAUUCCUAGUCAAUCACCAACAUUUCUGUAAAAAAAACAACAAUAAAGCCUUGCGUUCCUAUUUUGUUAUUUGUUUUGCACUGUUGGCGGUAGUUGCACUUUAUUUCUGAUUUCUUUUAGGUUGUAAGAUGUAGAUGCACUUGAUUCAGCAGCCCUAGCGCCAGGAAGGCAAAGUCUUCCCAUUUUGAAUAACGUUUUUUAAAUAGAAUUUCCAAAUGGUCUGAGAAGAAAAACAUUGGCAGGGAAAUUCAAGCAUUGAUAAUGUAUUGGGCCUAUAGCCUACUGCACAAACCUCAUUGUUACAGAACUGUAAUUGGUUAUGUUUUCUAAAAAAAAUCUGAGCAGUAGAUCUCAGCUUCCAUUUUGACUGAAAGUGAUCUUCACUCAAAGGUUGGUGACCACUUGUUUACAGAAACCAUAUGGAAAGGAAUACAUAUGUAUAGUUCAAUUUAUAGCAAAUUCAUUAUAAACUCACCAGUGUUUUCUCUUUUUAAUUAUUAUAUUUUUUGGGGUGGGUCAUAAUGUUCUUUUUCUGCUUCCACAGAGUGUCUGUGUCAAAUGGAAAGUAAUAUAUUGAAAAUGGCUGAUCGUACUGUAUUGUGUUUAGCUUAUAAUGGUGAUUCUUGUGAAUCAGGUCAAAGUUAUGCCUAGCUCCCUUGCUAUGUAAGUAUAUUAUGCACUCUGUAUUUGAUAGCAGAAAACUGUACGAUACCAGUCAGUCAGUAAAGUUACUGGAGUGGUCUUUUUUGUUGUUGCUCACUUUAAUAAAAAAAGAAC